UUGCGUUAAAGCCGACAGGACUGAGAGAGCUGUCGGGAGCACCAGACACUUUUCCAGCCUUGUCGAGGGCUGGAAAUGUUAAGAAAAAGAAAACGGGGAUUGUUGGAAUAGCAAAAGAGCAGGAUGGGACAUUCCACCACGCCGCUCACAUUUACGUACAAAUGUACCAACAGGGACAAACACAAGACCAGUUUUCUCCAACCCUACUCGCCAAAUGAGAACCUGAAUAACGCAUUAGGUGCCAUCAGGGUGCUGGGUCUCGAGCGGAUUGAAGAUGAGCUGAAGCCGCACUUGUGCGCUGUACUGGUGAACAUUCAGGAGAGGAAAAAAGGCACUGCCGAGCAAGUGGUGAUCAGUGGGAUCCUUCCGAUUCUGGCGCUGUUGCUGAGGAGCAGAGGGCCUCUGGCGCAGCUAACCGCCCAACUAGUGGCCGAACUCGCCAAGGAAUCGGUGAUCCGGAAAGGUUUCGGAGAUGCCGGUCUGGUUACGGCUCUGCUGUCUGUGCUGACCAGUGCAGACCAGGACCUGCUGGGCCAUGCAGUCCAGGCCAUCGCUCGAGUGUCUUAUGACAGCUGUAAGCAUCAGCAGCUGUUACUGCGCAGAGGAGUGGUACCUCGUCUGGUCGCUGUCCUUUUGCGAUUCCCCGGCAAAGAGGCCUUAGAGGAGGUAUGCCUCCGGGCCCUGUGCAACCUCAGCGGCGUGAGUGCGGCGGAGGAGGCCGGCGUGGUGUGGGAAAGGGGCACGCCCACCCAGCCGGGGGAGUGUAUCUUUCGUGGCGUGGCACCACGCCAGUGCGGCUUGGUGACCUCGGUGACCGUGGUGCGUGUGUGCCGAUGGGCGCCGGCGCAGUACGCCGUCAGCGUGGAGCUCGUGCAGCGUUGCUCCGCCUCUUUCUUAAACUUUCACAGGAGUAAGGGGUCCGCUCGAUGUUUCCCCUUCUUCACCUUUGGAAGACGUUCCAAGCUGGCAUCCAGGAACAGCCCAAGACGCUCUAGUCUGAAGACGCUGGUCUUCCACACCUUCCUCUGAUAGCAACAUGCUAGUCGAAUUCAGCGCAUUUUAAUGUUUAGUUAUACUUUUUGCUCGUUUGCUAGGUUAUUUUUUUUAUAUAAAGUUGAAUUUUACAACAGUUUCAUGUCACAAAAGGCAGCUCAUGCAACACUAAUACCCACAUUUUUUUUUCUUAAUUGUGAAUGCUAAGAUGUGUCAAAAACUAACAUUCAUUGGUGUGUUGAACUAAUGAUCAUUAAAAACAAAAACAAAAAACA